AUGUCGAAUCGUCAAAAGCAUAGCAAACAACACAAGUCUACAAUUGAGUGUGCUCUUAACGAAACGUGUGCUCGUCCAAACUGCACAUUCAAUCAUUCGGAGACUCGAAAUCUUCGAGCAAAUAUAAUUAAAAUUCAGCAAAAGAAACGUGAGAAUGUGAUACGUCUUGAGACAAAACAAAUGGAAAUGAUAAUGCGUGAUUGUUGGAAUGAAGAUACUUGUGCUCGACUGGAUUGCCCCUAUCGACAUCCUCCACAUUGGGAUCCUGUAAAAAAUCAACGACUAUUGGAAAUGAAGCGUCUGGAGAAGGAAAAGAAAAGAAAACGGCAACAGCAACAUGCCUUGAAUGUUUGCGAUCAGCAGGACGAAUCACUAUGUGUUUCAAAGUCAACUGAUUUACUCAAUGGUCAAUACGAAUACGAUGAACAGUAUUUUGACAUUCAGGAAAAAGUCUGGCAAAAACAAAAUGAAUGUAAAAUUGACAAGUGGUAA